AGGUACACGAACACAUAAAAGCAGUGGCUUCUCUUUUUGGGUCGAUCGAUAAUAUUUAUGUGGCGGCUAAGGACCGGCCGGGAGACGGCCGGCGCCGGCGGCAAGCCGUGGCAGCAGCAGCUGCGCAGCACCAACGAGCACGCCGGCCGCCAGGUCUGGGAGUUCGUCGACGACCCCGCCGCCGUGGCUGCUGCUGCUGCCGAUGCCGUAGACGACGCGCGCCGGGGGUUCUGCCGCCGGCGGCACGAGGCCAAGCACAGCGCCGACCUCCUCAUGCGCUUGCAGUUUGCCGAGUUGAAUCCUCCCAAGCUUGACAUUCCUGGCAUCAAGCUGGAAGAGCACGAAGAUGUCACAGAAGAAGCUGUGUUGACCUCUUUGAAGAGGGCGAUUGGUCGCUAUGCUACUCUCCAAGCACAUGAUGGACACUGGCCCGGGGAUAUCGCCGGCCCUAUGUUCCUUUUGCCGGGCUUGGUUAUAGCACUGCAUUCGACUGGUGCCCUCGAUACUGUCUUAUCAUCAGAGCAUCAGAAGGAAAUAUGCCGGUAUCUCUAUAAUCAUCAGAACACAGAUGGAGGCUGGGGAUUGCACAUUGAGGGCCCAAGCACCAUGUUCGGUUCUGUCUUGACCUAUGUUACCUUGAGAUUACUCGGAGAAGAACCAGAUAGUGGCGAUGGAGCCAUGGAGAUAGCUCAAGAUUGGAUUUUGGGUCAUGGAGGAGCAACCUUCACAACAUCAUGGGGAAAAUUUUGGCUCUCGGUCCUUGGUGUAUUUGACUGGUCUGGUAAUAAUCCAUUGCUUCCGGAACUAUGGUUACUACCAUACAGCCUUCCAUUUCAUCCAGGGCGCAUGUGGUCCCAUUGCCGAAUGGUAUACUUUCCCAUGUCUUACAUAUAUGGAAAGAGGUUUGUUGGUCCAAUUACACCAAUUGUAUUGAACUUACGAAAGGAGCUCUUUAAAGUACCCUAUGAUGAGAUUGAUUGGGACAAGGCUCGCAACCAAUGUGCUAAGGAGGAUCUGUACUGUCCACAUCCACUGGGACAAGAUAUCUUAUGGGCCACCCUUCACAAAUUUGUUGAACCAGUUCUGUCACAUUGGCCUGGAUGCAAAUUGAGGGAGAGGGCUUUGAAAAAUGUCAUGCAACAUAUUCAUUAUGAAGAUGAAAACACUCAAUAUAUUUGCAGUGGUGCUGUAGGGAAGGUAUUAAACAUGCUUUCUUGCUGGAUAGAAGAUCCUACCUCACAGGAAUUUAAACUUCAUAUUCCAAGGAUCUAUGACUACUUGUGGGUUGCUGAAGAUGGCAUGAAGAUGCAGGGUUAUAAUGGUAGCCAGCUUUGGGACACAGCUUUCACAGUUGAAGCUUUAUUGUCUACAGAACUCACCGAAGAGCUCGGUCCUACUCUCAAACUAGCCCAUGAGUACAUAAAAAAUUCACAGGUUCUUCACGACUGCCAUGGAGAUUUGAGUUACUGGUAUCGCCAUAUAUCUAAAGGUGCAUGGACCUUCUCUACAGCCGAUCAAGGUUGGCCUGUAUCAGAUUGUACCGCCUUAGGAUUAAAGGCCUCAUUGUUGUUGUCAAAGAUUUCUCCAGAAGUUGUUGGCGUAUCAUUAGAAACCAAUAAACUUCAUGAUGCUGUCAAUUGUCUGCUUUCUUGGAUGAACGGGAAUGGUGGUUUUGCGCCGUAUGAACUCACAAGGUCUUAUGCCUGGCUGGAGUUUCUUAAUCCUUCUGAGACCUUUGGGGACAUAAUGAUUGAUUAUCCUUAUGUUGAAUGUACUUCAGCAGUGAUCCAGGCCCUGACAUCGUUUAGGAAGCACUACCCUGGACAUAGGAGGGAAGAGAUCGACAAAUGUAUCCGUAAAGCCGAUAACUUCAUUCAGAGCAUUCAAAGAAGUGAUGGUUCAUGGUAUGGCUCCUGGGGUGUUUGUUUCACCCAUGGGACAUGGUUUGCAGUAAGGGGUCUAGUUGCUGCUGGAAGGACAUUCAAGAACUCCCCUGCUAUCAGGAAGGCAUGCGGCUUUCUGCUGUCCAAAGAACUUCCUUCUGGUGGUUGGGGAGAAAGCUAUUUGUCAUGCAGAGAUAAGGUUUACACCGAACUUGAAGAGAGGCGCCCACAUGCAGUCAACACCAGUUGGGCCAUGCUGGCACUAAUUGAUGCUGGGCAGGCCGAGAGAGAUCCAGCACCUUUGCACCGGGCAGCUAAGGUCUUGAUUAACCUGCAAUUAGUGGAUGGCGAGUUCCCUCAGCAAGAGAUAAUGGGAGUCUUCAGCAGAAACUGCACGAUCAGCUACUCCCAGUACAGGAACAUCUUUCCUGUUUGGGCUCUUGGAGAGUACCGCUGCCGAGUCUUGUUGGACACCAAAUCCCUGAAGGGCAAUACUAGCUGAUCCUUGUCAAGUUCCAUGUCAGAAGUGAAGUUAAAUUUACAGAGGUACCUACCUUCUCAAGGCAGGUUAAGUGCAGCCGGUUUUAGCUUUAUGUAUAAAACCGGGCACGAUUGGUCCUUUAUCUAAAAGAUGGUAGUACCAUUGUUCAUUUUUAGGGUAAAAUAAAUAAAUAAAUUACUGAUGAGCGAAAUGUUCUUAUAUGUAUCUAUGUGCUUGAGUGCGUUUGUUCUUUCUUGUUUGCCUAUGUGCAUGAGUGCAUCUUUGCUAUGCAGAGGCUUAUGCUGGCGCAUUGCUUGAUAUGAUGUUGAGAAUUAAUAAAGUUCCCUUUUUCGAAAAUAAGAAGAAAAAUAAUUAUGUUU